AUGACAUCUUCAUACCCUCCUGAGAUUUCAGCCGAAGAGUCCCAACAACUUCUAGUGACCAUCAAAGAUUGGUCCAUAGCUCAUGGAUUGGCCGUGAGGCCUCCACCAGCAUUGGUCUCUAACCAAGCAGACCCUCAUGGUGUUUUGGCAACCACUGCACCGGUUACUCUAUUCCCAAGUCCCUUUCCUCGAAUAUGCUUUGAGCAAGCCAAAUCAGUGCAGAAGGCUUAUAACAUCUUAUAUGCAUCUAUUGCUCAAGAUGAGUCUUUUCUUGGAGAUAUCGUGCAAGAAAUCAUUGAAGUUGAUGAAUUCAUUGCCGAACUUUGGCGUGUUCACUUGAAGGUCAAGAAUGAGGGUUAUGUUCAGAAUCUUUCUCUUGGUCUCUUUCGAUCCGAUUACAUGGUCCAUCAGGAAACACCGGAAACCACACCUACUAUCAAGCAGGUCGAAUUCAAUACCAUCGCUGCUUCAUUUGGAGGAUUAUCUUUUCAAACUUCUCAAUUGCAUAAAUACUUGUCAUUAAGUGAUUACAGCUUUUCCAAUAAAGAUGUAACCAAAUCAUUAGAUCUUCCAGAGAACACAAGCACUGCAUCAUUAGCUUCAGGGUUGUCACAUGCCUUUGAUUCCUACAAAAAUUAUGCCUCUAAAUCUCAUCACGAUCGCUGCAUAGUUUUCCUGGUUCAGACGCCUGAACGAAAUAUCUUUGAUCAGAGACAUCUUGAAUAUGAGCUGCAAAAGCAGGGUACACCAGUUUUUCGACUAGCAUUCUCCGAUGUUCUUGCCCAUACAACUGUAGCCCAAACCCCAGAAAGAGAACUUUUAUAUUCACCACCAAGCAACCCUUCAAAGAAGUUUGAGGUUGCCGUUGUCUAUCUCCGUGCCGGAUAUGGCCCUCAAGAUUACGCUGACGAAUCGGCUUGGGAAGGUCGUUUCCAAAUAGAACGAUCAAACGCUAUCAAAUGUCCUUCAAUCUUGACCCAAUUAGCUGGAGCCAAGAAAGUCCAACAAGUACUUGCUACACCAAGAGCUCCCUCUACCCCUUCAAUCCUGAACCGCUUCGUUAAAACAAGCGAUGCAGAUCUUGAGAAAUUAGAAGAUACAUUUACAAACAUCUUUCCACUAGAUGAAUCUCCAGCAGGACUCGAAGCGCGCAAAAUCGCUCUAGAUCCAGAACUUUGCAACGGAUAUGUCCUAAAGCCCCAACGAGAAGGCGGAGGUAACAAUAUCUACCGCACCGCAAUCCCCGCAUUCCUCAAAUCCCUCCCUGAAUCCCACUGGAAAUCCUACAUCCUCAUGGAAAUCAUCACUCCACCACCCGUCCACAACAUGAUUCUCCGCCACGGAGCCAUCGAAAAAGGUGGUGUGAUCUGUGAGCUCGGUAUCUACGGAACAUGUCUAUGGGAUCAAAACACCUCGCGAAUUCUCCACAAUGAGGAGGCGGGAUACCUUCUACGAACAAAGGGUGAUAAAAGUGAAGAGGGUGGUGUAGCUGCUGGUUUUGGUUCCAUGGAUAGUGUGGCUCUUAUUUAA